UUUGCCAAAGCCCAGAGGUUUAGAGGAAGGAAUCUCACACAAUGACUUCUAUUAAAAACUACUUAGCCAAACAUCAAUUUCUGAUUUAACCAAUAGAGUAUAAUGUCUUUGGAUUUAACAUUAUUAAAAAAAAAAACAAAUUCAGACGAUUUUUUUGAAGUCAUUUCAAUAAAGGGUAACAUUUUUACUGAAAUAUAGUCAAUAGCAACCCUUCCCUAAAUGUCAAUCGGUUGCUAGGCAACCGCUAACAUAAACAAAGUUACCAAAACAAAAAGUGAAAAGCAUCGCAAUAUAAAGUGUCCUGGACAAAAUGAAGGCAGUCGAUACGAUAUUAUUCGAUGUCUCUAAAAAUGAGCUCUUCAAGAUUACGGAGAACUAUAAGAUGCUGCACAGGAAACUGAAGACUACGUGGAAAGUGCUGAUAAACCGCGACGAGUUAUCCCCUCACGUAUUAGAAGAUGUGAAGAUCUUGAUAAUCGCAGCGCCACAGAACGCCUUCACUGACGAUGAGCUGUCCUCGCUCAAGGCUAUGGUGGAGAGGGGAGACUCGGUACUAGUGGCCAUGUCUGAUGGAGGGGAGGAACGGACCAAUACGAACAUCAACUUCUUUCUAGAAGAGUUUGGGAUUGUUGUUAAUAAUGACUGCGUAGUUCGCGCGAAGUACCACAAGUUCUACCAUCCGAAGGAGUGCCACAUAUCCAACGGUAUCCUGAACCGGGCCAUCACGAAGUACCUCAUGAAGAUGCCCAAUUAUAGCAGCGAAUCUGAUGAUUUCCUUGAAGAGCCUGCGACGCCUAACUUCGUGUAUCCCUACGGCGCCACGCUGACGGUGAAGAAGCCUGCUGCUGCAGUACUGUCCAGCAGUGACGUGUGCUACCCUGUGAAGAGGCCUGUCGCAGCCAUGUAUACCUCGGAGAAGAGUGGAGGCAAACUCUUCGUAAUCGGUUCUGGCCACUUCUUCGCUGACCAGUACAUCGAGAGCGAGUGUAACGACCUUAUCAGGGAGAUGGUGUUCAACUAUCUCGGCGGGCUGGCAGACCUGCACCUCAACCCUGUGGACGUUGAGGAUCCCGAUAUCAACGAGUACCGCACUCUCGGCGACAUGAUGUGGUUGAGUCGCUUGCCGCUGGCCGAGCCCGCGACCGCGCCGCCGCCAAGACUCGCUCCCCUACAUCCACACGCUCUCUUCACCUGGAGACUGUUCUCACUCAACUUAGCUCAAUUGCCAGAAGUACUAGGACUGUAUGACGCACUAGGAGUCAAACAUGAACCGUUAAGACUGAUCGCGCCACAGUUUGAAACACCUUUCCCUCCAUUACAACUAGCGGUGUUUCCACCAACAUUCAGGGAGCCCCCUCCCCCUCCUCUGGAGCUGUUCGACCUGGACGAAGCCUUCAGCUCGGAGCGCUCGCAGCUCGCCAGACUUACCAACAAAUGCCUACAGCCGCCCUCCGCUAGACUAGGGCAAGGAGAUGGUCGUCAAUUAGAGAAUGAAUUGGAGUACUUUGUCCGCGAGUGCGGCCGCGUGGUGCGCUUGUCAAGAGCGGUUCCUACUGAUGAAGGACCCGCUGGCAAGCUGAUACUACACCAGCUAGCCGUACAACUGGCCACCUUCAAGAAAAUAGCCCCCAGGGACUAGAUUAUACCACAACUCAUGAUAACAUACCUAUUCAUAUAGAUAUAGUUAGACCAGAAGUAAUUUGUAAAGGAACUGGACUUAUCACGGUCAGAAAAGAAAACACACAAAUUGUAGGUGAUGUUAUAUAUUUUAAACUAUUAUUUAUGUAGCUAUAAGACAAUUACGUAAAAAAAUUGUUUGAAUAA